AUUUGUCAAUCGACAUGAAAGGGAAUUUUCUCGGGAAAAUUUUCCUUCCCAGAAUUUUCUCUCCGUUAUCCUCUGGCUUCUUACUGGAAGGAAAUGUUCUCUGUCUACUUCGGCAGUUGACGGAUUCCUUCAAGUCUAUUCCUCGCUUUCUGGAUUCUUCAGGUUUGACGUCUAAAAGGAUCGAAAUUCGUAUGCUGAUUAUUUGACGUUGAUAAUGAUGCUCAAAUGCUUGGCAGAUUUGGUAUGGUGCCAAUUUUGUGUAAUUCGGCCGUGAGUUCUUGAGAUUUAGCGAUGAACUUGGAAUUUCUUCAUAAUAUUCCCUGGUUUUGUGCGCAAAGAAGCAAUGAUUUGCGUCCAAUUCUUAAGCCCUCAAGCGCCAUGGUGGAGCAAGGGCAUCGAAAUACUCGUUUUGAUAUCAGGAAAUGGGGAUUUUCCCUUCUUUCACUGCUUCGUUGGGAAAAUAAUGGCAAUGGGAAAGCAAUUAUUAAUGGAAACUUGAAAAGGCAAGUGAAACGUGAUAGAGCCAUUGAGAACCAAGGUGGAGAAUCCCCUUUACGGUUCAAACCCUAUGUGUGUAAAGUUCCAUGGCAUACGGGUGUAAGAGCCUUUCUUUCUCAGCUGCUUCCACGUUAUGGACAUUACUGUGGUCCAAAUUGGUCUAGCGGUAAAGACAACGGGUCUCUCAUUUGGGAUAAACGACCAAUUGAUUGGCUGGAUUUCUGUUGUUAUUGCCAUGAUAUUGGUUAUGACACUCACAAUCAAGCCGAGUUGUUAAAGGCUGAUAUGGCGUUUCUCGAGUGCUUAGAAAGGCCUAAUAUGGUUACGAAGGGCGAUGUUCGUACCGCUACUCUUUACCGAACCGUGUGUGUCACAGGUCUGAAGAACGGUCUAAUUCCUUAUAGAAGGCAACUUAUUCAGCUUUCAGUUUGGAUGGCUUAGCAAUAGGAAAUGGUUUAGUUGGAACUCGCAUAGAGAUGAACAAAAGCACCCCAAAAUUGUGACAGAUACUCAGUAGGUGCUAUACGAGCCAUUUCUCUUCAUCGUCGUGUUUUACCCGAGCAUCCAUCUUCUAUAUAUGUAUACAAAACUCCACUGGGGCUUAUUGUGUAGCACAUGUAUGUACAUAGGAAUCCUUGUGUAUAGACUAAUGGCAAAGGCUUCUAUAAAUCCUUGCUACCUAAACAAGAAUCUUCUAGUGAAAUGAAAAAUGAGAAUCACGGUAUUAUCUUGUUUGAAUA